CCGCAGAAAAAACAACUGGUGGAAACAGUUUAAACAGUAUCUCAAAUCUAAACUCGAAAAAAAGCAGAGGACUUGGCAACGCUACGCUUGCGACAGCAUCUCUCGUUUGAGUUCACUCUGUAUACAAGUCUAAACUGAGUUGGAGUUGUUCUUGAGAAGUUUUCCGAUAUAGCUGGUAUAUGUGAGUUUCUACAAAGAGAAAUCAUGAACUUCAGACUCUCAUCACUGAUCCUGCUGUUACACAUUCAAGGGUUCCUAACAUUGAAUAACUUUAAUGUAACCUGUGAUAAACUGAAUAUUUGUGGUGCGAGGGGAGAACUGGUGACAGUGAGGUGCGAUUACUCAAACAUCAACAUCAAAACUGGGUUCUGGUUCAGUCAUAAACAGAGAACAAACUGGAGAAACAAAGAUGAACCUGAAGAUUUGACUUUAGAUUCAGAUUACUCAGGACGAGUGGAUCAGAUGAUCUCUGAAUAUUACUCACGACUCACAAUAAGAGAUCCGAGAGAGAGCGACAGUGGAGAAUAUCAGCUCAUGAUCAUUACGAAGGAUGGAGUUAAACAUCUCAGCUCAGUCACAGUCAAUCUAAGAUUCACAGUUGUACAGGUGAAGAUGAAUCCUGAAUCUACAGGACAGCGAGUAAAACUGAGCUGUGAUAACUCCUGCCCUUUAACAUCUGAAUAUAAUUACCGCUGGUACAAGAAUGGACAAUAUUUAACAUUUGACCAAAGCAUAUUUGUGUCAUCCAGUGGAAACACUGACAGUUAUUACUGCUCUGAGUUUGAUUCAGUUCCCUCUUCAUCCGUGUGUCUUUCUAACAGUGGUUGUUGGGGUGUGACUUACACCUCUACAAGAGUUUGUGCUUUAGUGGGAUCAACAGUAGAUAUUCACUCUUCAUACUCACAUCCCACUGGAUAUACAGCAGAGAAAACAUCCUGGCAUUCCGAUUAUAGUGGGGGACUCAGAGAUCUGCUUGAGGAUGCUCAGUUUGCUGGUCGUGUGGAGUAUCUGGGAAACACACUGAGAAUCAAAGACGUCAACACGAGUGACACUGGAAGAUAUCAGUUCAGGAUCAUCACUAACACAUCAGAUAAAGUUUCUGGUUCUCCUGGAGUCUAUCUUACUGUUACAGGUACACAGGUGAGAAGCAGUCCAGACCCUGUGAUAGAUGGAGAAAAAGUGAUAUUAAGCUGUUCAACCAGAUGCACUCUGGAUAGGAAACAUACUUACAUCUGGUAUAAGAAUGGACAACAGGUAACAGAUGGAUUGAGAUUAUUAAACAAGCUGUACCUGGACUCAAUCAACAGUGAGGAGCUACAAGAGUAUUCCUGUACUGUAAGAGAUACAAUGGACAAAACAAAUGCUUAAAUACAUAAAACUGUAGGAUACUGAUUAAAACAAGGCUUGGCUUUCUGAAGGUUUGCUACUGUAAAUCUUUUAAUAAAGCUUUUUUCCACAUAUUAUAUUUGUAUUUAGACAUUCAUAAUCGUCAGAUAAAUGUUAUCUUUUGAAUAUAUUUCUCUGCUUUCUGUUUUGACUGCAGUAUGUGGUAACACUUUCUAUGAAGCCUGUGUUUAUAAUGGAUUAUUGCAGGCAUAUUCCCUUAUAAUAAACAUUAUUAUACUGUAUGUUGUAUUCUCUAAUAAAUAAUCAUUACAAUAGAAACAAUACAUUAUUUGUGGUUGUACCAUUUAUGAGUAUGAUGAUUUAUGACACAUGAGGAACUCCACAUUGUUAUCUUGUAUUAUAAGUACACGUUGUCAUGUAUUUUAAAUGUCAUAUAUUUGCAUUGUAUAAUUGUCAUUUGACCUAAAGCAGUAAAUAAACCAUAAGUCUUCUCAUAAACAUCUACAACGCUUUACAUACAAAUAACUGAAACAAACAGAAAGCUACAAACUGGGCUUUAAUGUUCUUUAAAAGGAAAACCUCAGGAAAACGUGUCAGAAAUGUCCAACAUAUGUUUGUUAGCAGCCUUACUCCUCUAUAGUGGGUCAAUAUUUAUACCCAAUCAUUAAAAUGGCACUCAUAAUACUGGCAAAGGCUUUAGUGCAUCUUUUGUAGAGCAUCGAUGAGCAGUGUACUGGCAAUGUCUUGUAAACUCAACUAUAUCUUUAGUCAAACCUGGCCAGAAAAAAAUGCUUCUUCUGUGACACAUUUUGAGUCGUCCCAGAUGACCUGCCCAAAUUUUAGAUUGUCCCAUUGUUAAACCUGUCCUCCAAUCACUAAAAUAAAGAACCAUUUGCUGAUUUCGAUACAGAAGAUUAUUAUGACAAAAAGUAUCUAAAAUAAAAGCCUAUAAAAGAGACCGUCUCUCAGCCUCCUCUGCUUCUUUUGUAACUCUAGCAUAUAUUUGAGAGAUUUCCCUGUAACUUGUUUAAUCUUCUUUCUAUCUUGGAUUUAAUAGGUUUCAC